AUUUUUGGACAUCAACUAUUGUCGCAGGGAGGGGCAGGGCAAUACAAGGGGGAACGUGGAAACAAUUGAGAUUUGAUUCCUUUCCCGUGUCAUUAAUUUUGUUAGUCAAACCAGCAUACAUACGACACCGUUUUAUCUCAAUCAAGAAUGAUGUUAAUAAGAAUGCCAUUGAAUUAAUUUCAAACCGUGAUUGUCUCUCCAUCUCCAUAUGUAAAGUGUAUAAUGUUGAGGCGGAUUGGAUUAAUAGUGGGUCCUUGGACUCACAAGAAGGUGGUCGAUCCUCUUCUCCAAAUCCUCCGCAGGGGUUUAGAACCAAAGCAAUUGGCAUUCUCUGUGGCUCUUGGUGUUACAUUGGGUCUCUUUCCCAUCGUAGGGGUUGCUGUAUUUCUAUGUGGGUUUGCUAUUGCAGCUCUUGGAUCCAUGUGUCAUGCACCAACUGUGCUGUUGGCUAACUUCAUUGUUACUCCCAUUGAGUUGAGUUUGGUGAUUCCAUUCCUACGUUUAGGUGAAUCUGUGAGUGGUGGACCUCAUUUUGCUUUGACCUCAGAUGCAUUAACAAAGGUCUUGACUGGUAAGGCUUCGUGGGAAGUCAUCCUAAGCAUUUACCAUGCGUUGUUGGGUUGGCUUGUUGCUACACCAUUCAUCCUGGCAGGGCUUUAUGUACUGUUGCUGCCAUGUUUUACAAUCUUGGUUCGUAAAUUCAGUAGUGGUGGAGGUGUUCCUUCAAGCCCGAGGAGAGUUGUUCCUUCAAGCCCGAAGAGAGCUGUUCCUACGAGCCCAAAAAUGAUUGUUCAACCCCUUACAGAAGUCAGGGUUAAAGUAAGGGAUGUUUAAUGGAGAUUCAAACCAAUGAAUUGUUAAAUAGUGAAUGGAACUUCAAUGAUUCUGGCAUUUCUAUACAUGAAUCAUGUUCAGAGGAAUUGACAUUUGAAAACUGCUUCAAGUGAUAUUAAACUUAUGUUGGCUCUUUCAAUUUCCUUUCUACAGCAGAUAAGCCCCCCAUGGCCAUAAGGCCACAAAGAAGUAUAAAGGGAAACAGAUAUAUGUCAAGAAACUAUAGUAUUUCUCAGCCUCAUUUCAAGUGUAUGAAGGAUUUUAUAGGUGCUAAGCACCAUAGGUGUAUUAGUAUGUUUCUAACUUUUAGUCAUUAUACUAAAUCAUUACCUUUUGAGCAAAAACAAAGGAGUAUGUUCUGUUGGGUAAUUCACUAUAUCAGCCAUGAAAUAUGAUUAUAUAUUUGUGACUGAAUGAAUUGUAAUCUUCUCUUA